CUUGCUCCUGUGAGCACCACCCCCUCCCCAAGGCUCCAGCCGCCUGGCCUGGCACCGGCCCCCAGCCCUGUCUGCCCGCAGCUGCAGGUGCAGGAGGUGAUGCAGCAGGCCCUGCGCAAGGAGCGGAGGCAGGAGCAGUGCCGUGCCGAUGAGCUGCAGGAGCAGCUGCAGCAUGCCACAGAGCAGGCAAGUGCAUUGGAGCUGGCGGGUGCCGUGCUGCAACAGCAGCCAGCAGGGCGGUGAGUGCAGGCCCAGGGUCCCGGGGGUGCAGGGCCAGGCUCAUGGCUGCUGACCUUACUUUGGCCAUAGCUACGGCACCAGGAGCAGCAGAACCACAGCCUGCAGCACCACAGGAGCCAGCUGGAGACAGAGGCACAGGAGCUGCGGGAGCAGCUGCAGCAGUGCCAGGUCCAGCUGCAAGGGGCCCAGCAGUAGGUGAGUGGCCACAGGGUCAUGCCCAGCCCCUCACGCCUGCUGUGGCUGCAGCAGUGACAGGGGGCUGCUUCCAGCAGGCCACACACCACGAGGCUGCCCUGGGGUGGCUGCAGGAGGCGCUGCAGGCAGCAGAGGCCCGCACAGGGCAGAGCCAGCUGGCUGCUACAGAAACUGUGCAGGAGCUGCAGCACGCACAUGCCAGCAGCCAGCAGGAACUGGCUGCAGCCCUGGGACAGGCUGACAUCCUGCGCUCCUCGCUUGAAGCUGCCCGUGCCGACAGUCAGCGGCUGCAGCGUGAAAGUGAGCUGGUGCUGGCAGAUGUGCGGCAGUGGGCCACGGAGCAGAAGCGAGCCAACAAGAGGCUGGGGCAAAAGCUGUGGGAGCAGAGCAAGCAGCUGGUGCGGCUGACGGGAGCGGGAGCACCUGCAGGAGGUCCUGGCCCAGCUGCAGCAGCAGAACAAGCGUCUUGCAGCCGCAGCAGAGCAGCAGCGCAUUACCUGCGAGCGCCUCAGGGCACUCCAGGGCCGCAGCGUGGAUGCAGGGGCACUGUUGCACUGGCCGUGGCUGCCACUGCCCGGAGAAGACUGAGGUCCUGCCUCUGCACAACAACUGCUUCCACCUCCCAGCACUGCUGACUAUGAGCCCCGGCAGACAGUACAGCCUUGUCCCUGGCAGAAACCACACACAGCAGCUCUGGGGGGCAGGGGGCACAGGGCUGCUGGGGGGCUGCAGGGGGCCAGCACCUGCAGGGACUGUGACUACCCCAGCAGGCAGGAGCACAGCCCCUGGUGUCAUUAAAGUGGUGCAAGAACAG